UGCAUCUUGCUCACUAUUCAAAACAGACCCAGCGCAUUCUCACCGCUAAAUUACCACAAUUGCCAUCCCUAAUCCACCUUUCUAUGUCCGCCCUUCAAUGUAAGCCAUCACAGCUCCUUCAGCUUGCCAAGGCUACGAUCAUUCAGCCUAUGCUCCCCCACUUCCACAAGGGCCAGGCGGGUCGGAUUUUGAUUAUUGGUGGGUCAGAGGACUACACGGGUGCCCCUUUCUUCCUGGGUCACGCGCUGAUGCAAAUGGGCUGUGAUUUAACCCACGUGGUAUGCGAUGCCGUGGCUGGUAGUACCCUAAAGACCUACUCCCCCGACUUAAUGAUUCAUCCGUAUUUAGUGAGUAGCGCAAGUGAAAGGGUAAAGGGCUUCAAAGGAGUACCAAAAACAGAUUCGGAGGCGGAUUUGGUGGUCUUUUUGGACGACUCCCCGUCAGACGUGAAAGCAUUCAUCGACUCGCACGUCACUCUGAGGAUCAACUCCGUGGUGAGCCGAUCGAUUAACGUUACCGUGGUGGGCCCCGGCUUGGGAAGGGAUCCGUUGGUUCUAUACACGGCUCAGAAGACUCUCGCGCUGAUUUUACUCUCCGGUAAUCCUGUUAUCAUAGAUGCGGAUGGGUUGUACUUGGUGUCACUCAAACCAUCAAUCCUUACGGAUGCCCUCAAUUCUGAGCAGAGCAAUUCCCAGGUGGUGUUGACUCCAAAUAUCAUGGAGUUCCAAAGACUAUGCAAGGCGGUAAAUGUUUCCGUUGAUCUGGAAAAACUCAGCUCUAAAGACCCAGAGGCGCGUGAUACCUACACCACGGAGUUGGCCACCCUUGCCUCUAAUCGGCUUCACAAUGUUUCUCUUUUGGUCAAGGGUUACCACGAUAUAGUUGUUAAUGGAAAGACUUCUAUGGUAUUGGACCACUCUAAGAGUGUCAUUCCUUCUUUGAGAAGAUGUGGGGGACAAGGCGAUACGUUGACGGGGAUUUUGGCAACCGCCAUGGCGUGGGCUGCCAACUAUCAAAAGGGUCGCCUAUGGGACAUUUAUGAGCAUAGCCAUGUCGUUGAGGGAUUAAUCGGAAGGAAGAAACUAACCAAGGACGAAGGGAUUAUUCUUAGUUGCUAUUUAGCAACUUUGAUUUUGCGGAAAAGCUCGUCCCAAGCCUAUGCCGAAAAGAAGAGAAGUAUGCUUGCAAGUGACGUGGGAAAAUUCAUCGGGUCGAGUUAUGAAGAUUUGGUGGGGGAAUAAGAAACAGAACAAGAACUAGCUCAUUAUUGGGCUACGUAAAUUUUACGACUUUCCAGUUUAUUUGAAUGCGCAUAGGCGGGGCCUGAGCUUAUUACACAAUUAACGAUACAAGUUUGAAUUCAGCUUUAUGAAUUUGAACUUUGAGGUAUUUGAGGUUUGAACAGGGAGAAGGUUGAAAUCUUUAAAGCUGCCAACAUAAAAUAUUAAGCGUACAUUAAAUCUUGGCGGGUGCCAAGUAGAAAUAUCAACGUUCAUGAUUAAUUGAACCCAUAACGGAGAAUUAGUGUUUUGUUUGUCAUAGCACGUAGAUAUGAAAUUGAAAUUACAUAGGUAAUAAAGG